AUGGGCUGCAACACCAGCAAGACCGGCGCCGCUGUGGCCGCCCCCACACCGGUGAAGGACCCAGUUCCUGUCGUGGCAUCCGAAUCCAAGGCGUCGACCGAGGCCCCGGGAGCUGAGGAGCUCACAGAGGAGGUGGCCAGCCAGGUGAAGAAGGCUGCUCAGACCAUCGAGGCCGACGUUGCCCAGGUGGUUGGGGAGGCAGCAGAGACCAUCCAGGUCCAAGCUGGCGCCAAGGAUCAGCCAUAUAUCGUGGAAGGCGGAUACGAUUCUGGCAGCCGAUUGUCUAUGGAGCUUUUUCUUGAAUUGCAGGUCUGGCUCAAGGCCAAGCCGGAGGUCGGCAUUUUCAUGUUGCAAGAAACGCAUUGGUCUCUUCAGGGAGAGUGGACCUCAGGAGACUGGUAUAUUCUGCACAGUGCUGCCACUAAGCCCAAACAGGGCGGUCUUCUUUUGGGGAUCCGUAAGGAUUUGCUAGCUGGAGAUCAUCACAGCUGGAAUGAGAUAGUGCCUGGCCGAUUGCUCCACUGGAGAGGACACUUGGGUAAACAGCAGGUUGAUCUCUUCAAUCUAUAUCAGCACUCUCUUUCCUACCAUAAUGAUGAUCAGAAAAAGACAGUUAUGGGCCACAGGAAGACCCUGUGGCAGCACCUUGACAAGGCCAUUGCUGCACUCCCGUUUCGAACCUCCAUCAUUUUGAUGGGUGACUUCAAUAUGGUGAUGCAGCCUCAUACCAAAGUGGCCGGAUUUGGAAUCCACUCUGGAAACAAUGUAAUGGAUCUUCGUCAGGAACGAGCAGAAGUUAUGGAGAUGCUAGAAAGGCAUCGGCUUACGGCCUUGAACACAUGGGGGCGCAAAACCUACACAUACAAGCACCCCUCUGGCAACUCCCAAAUUGACUAUGUGGUCAUCCGGCAGCAGCAUGCCGACCAUGGCUCCAAAGGCUGCACUACGAUCCAGGCGCCGGUGGCAGGAUGGCGUACUUCGGGACAUGAGAUCCUUCAGGACGUGCCGCAGUAUGCAUAUCGUGCUCAAGCCUCCACUGCGGAUCCAUUACUGCGCGCCAGUCAACACUGCCAACAGGUUCGCAAAAUGUUGGAUGGUUGCUUGGAUGACCGCACCUCGCGGCUCCUGCAACAAAAGCAGCCUUUGCUGCUUGGAGGCAUGAUGGUCAGCUUAGAUCUUUCCAAGGCUUUUGAUUCCCUCACCCACGAGGAAAUGUAUUUGGCCUUAACUGACACUGGAAUGCCGACAAACUUGGCCAACGUUCUUGUUCGCAUUCACAUUGAGACUAAGCUUCAUAUUGUUCACAAGGGACACCAACAGACGGUUGGAAUGGGCAGGGGACUAAGGCAGGGAUGUGGAGUAGCCCCCAUGAUCUAUGCAGCCUGGACGUGUCGCCUAUGUAAGCAACUUACCCAAGAACUCGGACAAGGUUGGCCGCAGCAGCAUGUUUCCAUAUAUGCCGAUGAUAAGCAUGGUUUCUGGCAGCUUCGGUGUCCGGCAGAUCUGGACAAGGCCAGGCGAGAGUUGGGACGACUCAUCCACAUUAUAACUCGUCUGGGAAUGACAGUGAACAGCUCAAAAUCCAGGAUUGUCAUUGCCUUAAAGGGCAAAUUACACCUGAAGAAGAUGCAUCAGAUAACCAAGCAAUGGAAUGGACAACAGUGCUUGAUGAUUCCGUAUGAAGGCAGCACUCUAUACAUUCCUGUGCACUCCACGCUUGAAUACCUGGGAAUGCGCCUGGGCUACGGCAAAUUUGAAGUUCAGGCGGCGCAACACCGGGUUCAGCAAGCACACGUUGCCUUCAAUCAGCUCAAGGUUCUGCAACGCGCUGGCAUUGAUGUCUAUGCAGACCUCAGCAAGCGAAUGGAGGCUCAACUUCGUGCUUUGAAGAUGGAUACUGCCAGAUCCUCGCACUUGCAAUGCAAUGAGCUACAACGGGCUGAGAAUUUCCGUGUCCAGUGUGUGGAGUCUACUUCGGCACUCAACUGGGCCUUCAACAGCAUGUUCAUCAGCGACAUCAAGACAUUGAACUCAAGGCUCAUAACAUUUGCGCGCAUUCUCGUCAGUGCCCCAGAGCGCUAUGCCUAUGUGCAACCCGCGGCUCCAAAACAAGACAAGUCGAAUCCUCAGUACAAAACCUAUGUGGCACCGAUUGUACAUCCACUUUGGACUCUACAAGACCUCACUCGGCUGCCCAUCAACCGGUCCUAUAUCAUCCGUGGUCGAGCCCGUUGCACCAGCUAUGUCUUCACCACCAACAGCUCUUUUCCCCUCCUUUGCACCUCGUUCUUUUCUGCCAUGACUGAGCUUGAGUCAGCUCCCUCCGCGAUGGAAGAAGAUGCGGUUAGCAAGUUCGAGGACGAUAUGUUCAAGUCUUAUUUUCCUGCGGGAAUCGAAGCUGCGAGCACUGCGCCCUCCUCCGAGUCCGGAAUUGGCGAGGGACGGGAACACAAGGCAGCAAAGAUCGGGGCGGGACAGAAAGGACAGAAUAGGGGAAAGGGCUCGCAAAAGGAGGAUGAUUCAUGGGCUGGAUGGGGCAGAUCCAAACGCUCCUUUGGUGACAGCUGGCAGCAGAGCUCUUGGGAGGGCCACGACUCCCAAGAUCGGCGAUCCCGGGCCGACCUCAUGGAGGAGAUUAAGGAGCUCAAGAGCAGUAUGUUUCAGCUGCAACGCCUGGCGCUGCGCCAUGAAGAUUAUUUAGGAGCCCUGAGACCUGAGACAUCCUAUGCGAUUUUCUGUCGCAUUGGAGUACCAGCCUCCAUAGUGCCUGCUGUUUUCAAGGCGCAACAGGCCUGGAGGGAGCAAAAGGAGACAGAUCCUGAAUCCUUGGACAAGCCAAUGCGAGUAAACUUGCUUACGUGUGUUUUUCGGGAAUUCUCGGCGCGGCUCCAAAACUUUGGCAAGCAGGAGCGUACCCAGGACAGUAUGAAGAAGCUUGGGUGGAUCUCGGAUGCUCCCAUGAAGUGGAACUACUUGAAAUGGGACCCCAAAGCUGAGCGCCUCAAGCAGGACACCAAGCGCGAAGGGAUUUCCUUUGAGCAAGGUGUGGCGGUUGUUGAAUCAAUCCUCGUGCUGGUGCAGAAGACGGGUCCUGUUACAAGGUUUCAUCCCAGCAGAACGGUGGAAGAGGAGAUGCGUGGCUCCAACGUCACGUUCAGCAUGCAGCUUGCUUUGUAUGGAGAGGAGGCUCAUCAGCUUCGUCAACACAUGGCGACCUUGACGGGCUCAUCGAUCACCCAGCUGAUGGCUAUGGCUUGGAG